AUGCAGUCUCCCAAAAAAAGCUUGGUUUGCAACUUAAACCACGUUCACUUGCAGCACAUCUCCUUGGGGCUCCACCUCUCGAGGCGGCCAGAACUUCAGGAGGACGUCAACACCUUGGGGCCAUCCAGGGAACAAGUGGGUUGCCACGAAUGCGAGGAACGUGGUGGCCAACUGGUCCCAAGCCUGGUGGACGCCAACUCCAACAACCCAUCGUUGCCUUGCCGGUGUUGUGAGGCUCACCCGGUAUCAUCUGAGGUCAAGCAGGGCCUCCAGACUCUGUCUUCCUUGACCAACCGCCCAACCGUCAAUGAUGAUGAAGAAGAAGAGGUGGAGGAGGAGGAGGAAGAGGAGGAGGAGGAGGAAGCAUCUCCUUCAGACCCAACGUCUUCAUCCAUCAGCAGCUGCUCGGAUCUCAGCUUAGACGAAUCUCCUGUCUCGGUGUACUGCAAGCCCUUCCCUGCUGAAGAGGCCCGCAGUCCAGAAAUCCAACCGAAUAUUGUCCCCUUGGAGGACACGCAGAAUGUUCUGGCCCACCACCAAGAGAGAGGUCCAAACCUUAACGUCCCCAGGGUUGAACAUCCUGAGGCCCAUAUCUGGGAUAGUCCAGACAGCUUGUACAGCAGCAGCUCACCGGAAUCUCUAUCGGACAACUCUUCUCCUUGUCCAGGAAGCCCAGUUGGAUCUUCUCAAACUGGGUCCGUCAAGGUUCCUCCUCUUGUUCCACCCCCUGUCCGCCCCUGCAGGGCACCUCCUGCGGUGCCAGUGGUCCCCCCUUGUGGCCCGGAGGUAGAUUCCAACUGCAACGCUCUCCCAGCCCAUCAGGUCGAGCCCAGCAGCAUCUCCUUGGGCCAAGUAGACAUCAACUCCAACCGAGCCACGCCAGCAGGGUCUCGUUUCGGAGGCGUGCCUCCUCCGAUUCCCCCUCGGACCAAAAAGGGUCUUCAGGGGUUGAGAAGAAGUGAAGGGGGGAAGCCACUUCCAGAGGUGGCCCCUCCUGAACGUGCGGAGCACCAGAUCCACCGCGGUGAACCCCAAGGAGAAACAUCUAAGAAGAUCAUCACCUCCUUCCAUGAGUUGGCUCAGAAGAGGAAGAAGAUGGCCUCCGCGCCGCCCAAGAAGGACCAAAGCGAUUGGCUGAUUGUCUUUUCUCCGGACACCGAGAUGCCUCCAUGUCACGAGCUCUCCUGGGAAACUGGCCAGGAGACCACCAAGUUGUCCACUUCCCUGGUGGAAACUUCUCCUCCUACCCUCGGUCUCCAACGAGGGGUUAUCACGUUCAAGGACCUCCGUCAUCGGAAGCAGAACAGCCAAGGGGGCACCAAGGCGGGCAACCCAAGCCACCACCGUGGGCAUCUUGGUCAAGGGGUCCCUGACGGUCACACCGGGCAAGAGACGAGCGACUCGGAGCCCGCGGCCAAUGGACACUCGUGGGGCGUGAAGGAAAUCCCGCCCCGGGUGAAGAGGCCUCGCCCGGGUCUACAGCCAAUUGUAGAAGGAGGUUCUGACGAGGGAGAAGAUGUAGGAGUCAAGCCAAAACAGCUUGGGAGACCCUUGGAGACUGAACCCGAGGAAAAGUGGGAUCCCAACAUCUGUAGGAUGGCAGAGACAGGAGACAGGGAGGCCCCUAAAGCUUUCCCCACCCACCAGGUGCCUGAGCUGUCACUUGGAGCCCGAGACCCCCUGGGAAAGCGGGGUGGAAAGGGUCCCUGGGGGAAAGCUAUGAGCGCCAAGGACUCGGGAGCCCCUCGGCAACCGCUGCUGGUGGCCGUCAGCGCUUCCGUGGACAAGAUCGUGGCUCAUUUCAGCGCCGCCAGGAACCUCGUUCAAAAGGCCCAGCUGGGGGACAGUCAGCUCACCCCCAACGUGGGGGACCUGAUCCUCCACACGCUCUGCCCCGCCUUGCACGCCCUGGUGGCCGACGGCCUGAAGCCGUUUCAGAAGGACGUCAUCACGGGACACCGACCCAGUUCUCCGUGGAGCGUCAUCGAAGCUUCGGCCAGGCCAGGUAGGUGGGGAUGA